CGCCGCCCCCCCGAACCGAACCGGCUCCGUCCCCGGAGCGGCGCGCCUGGCUCCGCCGCGGUGCCGGCGGCAGCGAUGUUCCACGUGGAGAUGUUGACGCUGCUGUUCCUGCUGCUGUGGCUGAGCGCGUGCAGCCAGGACCCGGGCUCCAAGGCCGUGGCCGACCGCUACGCGGUCUACUGGAACAGCAGCAACCCCAGAUUCCAGAGAGGUGACUACCACAUCGAUGUGUGCAUCAAUGACUACCUGGAUGUUUUCUGCCCUCACUAUGAGGACUCGGUCCCAGAAGAUAAGACUGAGCGUUAUGUCCUCUACAUGGUGAACUUUGAUGGCUACAGUGCUUGCGACCAUACUUCCAAAGGCUUCAAGAGAUGGGAAUGCAAUCGGCCCCACUCUCCAAAUGGACCGCUAAAGUUCUCGGAAAAAUUCCAGCUCUUCACACCCUUUUCUCUAGGAUUUGAAUUCAGGCCAGGCCGGGAAUAUUUCUACAUCUCAUCUGCGAUCCCAGAUAAUGGAAGAAGGUCCUGUCUAAAGCUCAAAGUCUUUGUGAGACCCACAAAUAGCUGUAUGAAAACUAUAGGUGUUCAUGAUCGUGUUUUCGAUGUUAACGACAAAGUAGAAAAUUCAUUAGAACCAGCAGAUGACACCGUCCAUGAGUCAGCCGAGCCAUCCCGCGGCGAGAAUGCGGCACAGACACCAAGGAUACCCAGCCGCCUUUUGGCAAUCCUACUGUUCCUCCUGGCAAUGCUUUUGACAUUAUAGCACUGCCUCCUCCUGUCACCUGCCACAGAAAACACCAGGGUCUUGGAACACCAGAGAUCCACCUAACUGCUCAUCCUAAGAAGGGACUUGUUAUUGAUUGGCUUUUUAUUUUUCUGGUUUUUGUUUUUGGUGGAUGUCAGAUUUUUUUCUUUCAGCCUGAAUUCUAAGCAACAGUUCGGGGCUGGGGCUGGGGGAGAGGAGAGAGGGCUCAUGUUGUUGAUGCCUCCCUCUCUCCUCACCUCACCUCACCCUACCCUGAGCCCUUACCCUUGACUUCUCUCACCCCUUCCCAAUUAAAUGGACUCCAGAUGAAAAUGCCAAAUUGUCGUAGUGACACCAGUGGCCGUCAGCUCCUGUGCCUGCUCCUCUAAGCUCAGCUGUAUUUGUGCACGGUGUCAGUGGGCUGUGGACCAGGAAGAAUAGUGGCAGAUGCAGCCAGUGACGAAGCCCGGGAGGGUUUUGCUCUCCAUGCAAUAUUUAUGCCGACUCAUUCAGGACUGUAAGAUGAUAGUGUAGGGCAUCAAAUCCCCAUGUCAAGUCCAGAGGGGAGGUAUUAAGAAUAAAUACAAUAUUAUACCAUCUCCUCUAGGAGCAGAUAAAUGAACAGGCUUCUAAAAGGUUGAGACACUGGUUUUUCUAAUAUGAUUGUCUUAAAGCAUUUUUGACAACAGAACCUGUGUUCCACAAAAGCAGCCCCUUUUCCUCUCUCAGAGGCAGGUAGGGUGCCAGAAAGCUAGCACAGAGCAAGUGUGGAGAGGAAGAAAACCAGGUUUGAUGGGGGUGUGUAUGUGUGAGUGCCUCUAAUUUUUUUGGUGACUGGGCAGUUGCACACCAGAUUUUUUUUGUUUGUUUUUCUCCUUUGAAUACAGAUCACCAUGGUGCUACAACUUUUUGUUUCUUUUUUAGAAACUCAAAGAGGCAUUUUUAUGAAUAAAGUGACCUUCCCCAAGGCUGACAAGCCAGGGUUGAUGAGUGCAUAAUGGAAUAGCUUUGGCUCCUUCUCUGGGGGACCAUAGGUACUAAGGAAAGGAUGUCAGUGGCCAGAGGAGCAGUGAUUUGGCUUUGCUGGAGCACCAGAGUGUCGUGGCCUUUCCCCACAACUCCCAUCCCUGAACCCACACUUGGCUCUACUUGCCAUGAGUCCCGGGUUCAGAAACACAGCCCCCCCCCAAGUCAGCACGACUUGGGAGGGCUAAAGGGAAAUUUGGAAUAAAAUUUCCAAAGUUUCGAAUACAAAAACAUUCAAGAAGUGAUUUUUUUAUAUUCUUUCCCUUUCUGACACAGCCUGAAGCUUAGGGGGAAACGUAUGUUUAUCUGUGGUGAGAUAAACAAGAUGGAGUCCCAAAGACUUUAACAAAAUAUUUUUUUAAAAAUCCACUAGAAUAGAAAAUACAUUAUUUAGAUAUACUUUAUGCUGAGAGUGAGUAUAUAUGCUUGUCCUAUUUAAACUUGUGAGAAAAAAGUGGUAUCCCUUGAUACAUUUAGAACUAUGGGGGGGCUAUCUUGUUUCAUUGUGGGGGUAGGGCAGAAGGAGAAGAAACGCAGGACGGUCUGUUGAAGGAAACUCAGCAAGGCCAAGAUGAGACAUUACUAGUUGGUGAUGAGGAAAUGCAAGCCUUGGGGAUUUCUCCGGGUGAGGCGCCCAUGAACAUGGAACAGCGCAUCCUAGACAGGACAAAGAUCUAGCCACUUUUCACUCUAGCACGACAUGUCAUGUCAGCUGAAAACCCUGCCUUUCGGAACAAAACGGAGAGUAAAUGCAAUGCUCUGAGAUGUGAACAUUUGGAAGCAUUCCAGCAAAAUAAGGAAUUUUUAUAUAUAUAUAUAUAUUUGUGGUUUUUUUUAAAAAUGCAUAUGUAAAAAAAAAAAGAGGGGUCACAUGAUGGACAGAGGCAGUACGGACAAGAGUGGGGAUUUGCUAAGAAUUGUGAGUAGUGCUAAAUGAUCAAAAGACCGAAUGAAAGGCAGCUGCAAAGGUCCAGUGCCCUGAGGAGUUGUACAGAUGUUGUUGAAGGGUUAUCUGGGCUCACCUGAUGUCAUUGCGUGGCUGUUACCUCUGGGUCUGUGUGUAACUGGGAUCAUGUGAAUGGUGUUGCCAGCCGUGAAAAUAAUAUAAUCAAUCCUGUUUCCCCUUCCCCUGUCCCCCAAAUCCGGAAUUUCUCCAGAGUGGCAGAAUCUUAGCACAGAAAGCAGCCACCAUUUCACUUUUGUGAAACAAAAGUUCACAACAUUGCAUUCCUUUAUUAUGAUGAUUAUGAUUUAUAUAUAUCAAUUCUCUCCAUAAUCUCCAGUAAUACUUCUUAAUUAAUAGCUACAGGCUGGUUGGUCCAGUGUGAUCAGGUUGAGGGGGGGAAGAUACCUUCUAAAAUGGAUCAGUAGUCAGAAUCCAAAUAAUAACUGCAUGUUUAAUAGCCACAAGGAAAUCAGAUGAUCUUGUACUGAUUCGAGUUAGUCACGACUACAUUUAGCAGUGCUAAUUUCAUUUUAGAAAUGGUGACUUCUGUGGUUUUCCUAGAACUUGUCUCUAACAAAUGAGGAAAUAAUUACUCAUGGCCCUCUCUGCCGUUGUCGUUCAUUUUUCACAGUCAAGUUAGGCUCCUUCCUUUCACCGUUGUGCCACUACAAAUUAAGUUAAAAUAAAUAAAUAAAAAUAGCAAGACUUUCCCACACCAGUAGACUACUCCAUGCUUCUCUCCUGAUUAGUGACGUAAUUGUAGGUGAUGUCUGCCACUGAGUUUUCAGGAAAGAGGAUCCGUAACAGACACUUUUCAUCUUGUCCCUCCCCCUCAAAGAAAAAACCCGCUGAAAACAAAAUAACAAAUGAGCUGGUGGCCUCUUUGUGGCCUUGUUAUAACCUUCUGCAAGAUUGGGAGGAGGUUGAUGCAAUUUUGUAGCAGCUUUUACAUUCAAAAAAAAAAAACUCAAAAGUUGGAAAGGCUGGCAUCAAACCCCAGUGACCUUUGCCCCUGGUUGCCAAGGGCUUUGCAAGGAGAAGCAGGGAAAUAAGAAUCUGUCUGUUUAGUGGGUACCGUGUAUCCUUUACUAGAUCAGGUAACAGUCUGUGUUAGCUUAGACUAUUGUUUUGUACUGUACUUUCUUGGGUGGCAGAGGAAAGAAAAGUGAAACGUUAAAAAAAAAAUCCCCACCUGCGUUCUUUAAAUUCUGUAUUAUUAGCAACCUCUGUUGUAUAUAGUGUUUGAUAAUAAAGUAUUAAUUUGAUUCUUA